GUGAGGGCCAGAGCAUGCCAGGAGGGUUGGAUGGCAGCAGAAGACAAGCAUACAUAUUUAAAUCCCAUUUCUGAAAGGCCCAAACCUUCUGAAGAUGAAAAGUAAAACAUCUUAAAAAAAAUUAUUUAAUCUCUUUCGUCUUUACAAGAUGGCCCAGUUUAGAAGAUUUGCAGUUUGUUUGCCAAGUCUUGGAAAUGCUUUCCUUGGAGAAGUUACAUUUUCACCCAAAAAAUGUAUACAUACCUUAAAUAACUACAGUUGGCUCUAUGGCAGAAGAUGUGAAAACAUUAAUUAUAAGGUGUCAAGGCCAGUUUUUACAAAGAAAAGCUAUGGAUGUGUUAACAAGUGUGUUAUAAACAUAAGUAAUGCAAGGGAGUUUUCUCUGACAAAUUGUGUUUUCAAAAAGAGAAAACAAUCAAAAGAAGAAACAGUAGAAGAGCUCGAAGAAGAUAUUGAUGAUAGUUUGUUGGAAGAUCCAUAUUUUGAGUCAAUAAGGGGAGACUCUAGAAUUUUUGGAUUCUUUGAAUCUGAAGCAAGAGAAUCUAAGGGUAUUGGGACUCUAGUACUGCAGCCAUGGGUGAAGUGGGGAGCCAAUAAGAGAACUGAUACCUCAAGACAGCUGCUGCUGGAUGAAGCAGUAGCUCUUGUGAACACACUGCCUGGUGUUGAGGUGGUGGCAAAGGAAAUAGUGCCAGUAAAAUCCAUGGACAAGAAGUUUAUUUUUGGGUCUGGAACUGUGGAACGCCUUGUCUCUCAAGUCCGUGCUUCACAUCACAUUUCCUGCAUCUUCAUAAAUGUUGAAAUGCUCAAAAGGGGACAGAUUGUAGCACUGGAGGAAGCCUUCGGUAGAAAGGUUCUGGAUCGGUACUCAGUAGUUUUGGGAAUAUUCCGUCAUCAUGCUCAGACCAAGGAGGCACGUUUGCAAAUUGCUUUGGCUGAGUUGCCAUAUAUCAGAAAAAGAUUGUCUGGUGAAAAAGACCAAUUAAUGAUAAUGGAGAGGGAAAAACAUCUUAAAGCUGCCUUGGAUAAGUUAGCUGCAGUUAGAGCAAUCAUAAGGAAGAGAAGAACCAAAAAUAGCCUUCCUUCUGUUGCAGUUGUUGGAUACACAAACUCAGGGAAGACUUCACUCAUCCAUGCCAUUACUAAAGAUGUUCGAGCUGAAGGAAAGGAUCAGCUGUUUGCAACUCUUGAUGUUACUGCCCAUGGAUGUCACCUACCUUGUGGCUUGAAAGUGGUGUUCAUUGAUACUGUUGGCUUCAUUCAGAAUAUUCCAACAGAGCUUGUGGCAUCCUUUAGGGCAACCCUGGAAGAUGCAGUGUACUCAAAUGUUGUGGUGCAUGUGAGAGAUGCCAGCCAUCCAGAUUAUGAACUUCAGGGAACCACCGUCAGUGAGACACUCAAUUCCUUGCCACUCCCCAAAGAUACACCAAUCAUAACAGUUGCCAAUAAAAUGGAUCUUGAAACAGCUAAACCAAAAGAAGAGCUUAAAGGAGCACAUCUGGUUUCAGCUCUUAAAGGACAAGGUACUGAGGAAUUACUGUAUGAUGUCGAAAAGGAGGUGUUAAGAGUCACUGGACGGAAAAUGUGGAAGUUCUCUUUGCCUACUGGCUCCUAUGAAAUCCAAUGGUUAAGAAGCAUCACUGGCCUGGCAUAUGAGGAGGUGGAUGAGGCUGAUCCCCAGAUGACACAUGUCCUGGCAGUGUUGACCGAGCAAGAACUUGCUGCCUUCCAUCGGAAUUUUGGAAAAUGAAUGCCAUAUAAGAAUAGCCACAUCUACUGCCACAUUGAAGGUUCCACAAAUUUUUCAUACCCAUCCAUUUUGGAUGGGAAUUUGAUUGUUGGGCUCUCAGUGUGGGAAGUUUUGUGAAUAAUUAAAAAAAAAUUAUCAGCGUUAUAUAUGAGUUUUGGUUUGAAGGAUGUAAUAAAUUAUAUUGUGUA